UUCAUGUGAAGUCAUUAUCCCCAAACUACCAAAUUAGGUCACCUAUCUCUAUACACUCUAAUUAAUACUCUGAUGUUACCACAAUUCUAACACUUAUUAGCAUUUUAAAUUAUCUUGAUUAUUCUUAUGUGGGUGAAUUCCAGAGUUGGAGCUUUUUGUGUUUUUCAUUAUGAUGAUGGUGCAAACAAUAGUUGAAGAUGUUGUUAUGUUCUUGGCAGAUGUGUUGGUAAGCUUUCUAAAUAGAUCGAAAGCGCUAGAAAUGGAGAUGAGGAUUCUUGAGGAAAGCUUUAGUGAAACGUUAGAGGAAGAUAACAACAUGAAUUAUUUACUAGGUGAAAUGUUACAAGGGAUAACGAUGAAUGAUAAUCUAGAAAUCAAAGGAUCUUGUGAUUCUUGUCCCAUAUGUCUCCAGGACAUGGCGGGAGAGCAGAGUGUGCGAUGCUUGGUGCAAUGUCAGCACCAGUUUCAUAAACUUUGCAUAGACAAAUGGCUUGUCCUCAACAAUUCUUGCCCCAUCUGCAGAAGGCAUAACAACAUGCAUGUAUAUGUCCCUAUAAUUUGAUGUGGAAGUUUUGUGAAAGGAUUCUGCAACUAUGAAGUUUUGUUAUUAAUUAAGGUUUCUUGGUUUUGCAUCAAAGAAAAAAAACACAUCAAUAUACAUAAAAUUGCCCUUAUGCUACCCUUGUAAAAUUGCUAGACAUUUUGGAAUGAAGUAAAAUUCCCGCAUUCAAUCAA